AUGGGCGCUUGUGGACGACAAAGUCUAUCCCCAAAGCAUAAGCUAAUAGCCGUUUUUCAAAUGCUCGCAUAUGGAUGCUCGGCAGACUCCACCGAUGAGUACUGUAGAUUGGGUGAAUCUACAACCCUUGAAUGUUUGCGAAAGUUUUGUUCCAUUAUUGAAGUCGUGUAUGGCCAGUGGUACCUCCGUUCCCCAAAUCCGGCCGACCUUUACAGGCUCUUGCACAAGACUAGUCACAGAGGAUUCCCAGGCAUGUUAGGUAGUCUUGUUUACAUGCACUGGGAAUGGAAGAACUGCCCCACUCCUUGGGCAGGCCAGUUUACUGGUUACAAGUAUAAGCCAACUAUCGUUCUAGAAGUAGUGGCCUCAUAUGACACUUGGAUAUGGCAUGCCUUUUUUGGAGUCUUCAGAUUGAACAAUGAUAUCAACGUCCUAUCUCGUUCCCCGUUGGUCAAUGAUGUAGUCAAUGGAGUGUCUCCCCAUAUCCAAUAUGUUGUCAAUGGAAAUGAAUACAAUCUGGGUUAUUACUUGGCUGAUGGUAUCUACCCUCGUUGGGCUACAUUGGUUAAGACGAUUUCCCAACCGGAUACUCCAAAAAAAAGACUAUUUUCCCAAAAACAAGAGGCUUAUAGGAAGGAUGUCGAAAGAGCCUUCGGAAUACUUCUGGUUCAAUGGACAAUUGUUAGAGGACCUGCACCUAUGUGGCUUCAUUCAAUCAUGAUGACGUGCAUAAUAUUGCACAACAUGAUUGUUGAGGAUGAGUAUGAGGAUCUAGAUGUAGAAUCUGAUGAUGAUGAUAAUUUUUCACGAACAUCUAGAAGAGCAAGAGCAAGACUUGCUUAUGAGCUUGAGCCAACUAUCACGUACAGUAUAAACUGA